UUCCUUUGGAAGCGUCUGUGGUUGCGGCGGCUCUGGAGUUCUAGACUGGAGGCCUCUUCAGCAGCACCCCUGCACCACCUGUCUGGAUAGAGCCAGAAGACUUCCAGGAUCAAGCACCAGUGCCAGGAAAGUCAUCAUAUCCACACUUUAGUGGGGCACUCCACAGAAAACAACAGGGUACUUGCAGAAUACACAGUAGCGUCCCUGUACUUCCAAGGAGGUUGCUGCAACUGAAGGUUAUGGAAACCAGGACAUCACUGACUUUCUACAUGGCAUUGGUUUAGAAUAUUUAAGUCCUAGUUUUAGGUCUGCCCAUAGAGGAAGGGAACAAUGGCCGUGGCUCUAUUAGAUGACUGGUGUAAGGGGAUGGAUCUGGACCCCAAGAAGGCUGUGCUCAUUGUGGGCAUUCCCGUGCACUGCACUGAGGCUGAGAUAAAGGAUGCUUUGAAAGAAGGCUUACCUCCCUUGUGUGCACACAAGGUGAUAGGCAGGAUGUUUAGGAGGGAAGAUGAAGCUAAGGCAGUCUUAAUUGAACUUACUGAAGUUGUUGAUUAUACUAUGAUGCCUACUCAUAUACCAGCAGAGGGUGGGGCCUGGGAAAUAGUUGUCAAACCCCGUAGCCCAGAUGAUGAGUUUAUCAAUAAGUUGAUCUACUUUCUGAGAGAUGAAGGACGGAGAAUGGUAGAUGUGGCUAAAGCCCUGGGCUUUAGCACUGUCCCUACAGAGAGAAUGGAGCUAAGGAAUUUAGACCAAGACAAACCAAAAGGCUUGAAGUCUUGGUACAAUAAUAGCACAUGUUACCGAAAACUGAAAGUGUUUUCUGGCAGUCCCUUUCCAGGCCCAGGAGAAGAAAGCUUUGAAACCUGGUUAGAGGAAGUUACUGAGCUGAUGCAGUUAUGGCAGAUGUCUGAGAGUGAGAAGAAGCAGCGCCUUGUAGAGAGCUUACGUGGCUCUGCCCUGUCAGUCAUGCAGGCACUGUGGGCUAGCAAUGACUCCCUAACUGUGGAGCAGUGCUUGAAAGCCCUAAAGCACAUCUAUGGGAAUAAAGAGGACUAUAAGGCCUUACAGUUCAAGUUCCUUCAGUCUUUUCAGAAACCUGCAGAAAAGAUAUCUGAUUACUUGUUACGCUUAGAGCCCUUGCUGCAGAAAGCAGUGCAGCAGAGCCCAUUGUCAACACACAAUGCAGAUUCAAUUCGUCUCAAGCAUAUCUUAUCUCGGGUCUCCAUGACCACUGGCCUUCGGGGAAAGCUAUCCCUCUUAGAUCAGCAAGGAUGCCCACCUACUUUUCUGGAAUUAAUGAAGCUCACUCGAGAUGAAGAAGAGUGGGAAACCACUGUGGUAGUGAAGGAGCCGAGUCAAGCAGAAAAGGAAAACAGGACAUGUGAGGCAGCAGAUCAGGUUGUCACCCAGGCGGAGUAUUUUAGGGAGAUCAGCACCCAGACCAUAGGAGAGGAGAUCACAUCAGUGAAACGGAGGCGAGUGCUAUGGAGACACAGUGCUGGGGAAGAGGGACAUAUGAGGGAAUCAGGUUUCAGGGCUGAAAAUGAACCCAAUGAGCAGAAACCCUAUGUUACAGCACAGGAAUUGGGAAACGAGAGAGGGGCUUGGGCUAUGAGCCAUCCCAACCCCAAGGAAAUAUAGGCUCAGGACAUCCAGUAAUUCCUUCCUCUUGCAGGCAACAGAGAUACUUUGACAAAAUUAUGGGGCAGCCCAGACAGUACAGGGGACAUGACUGUUGUAGAAGGGCAACAGGGCCAGGGUAAGGCACCCAACUUCCUUCUAGCUAGAAAUGAUUCUAAUAAGCAAGAACAAGUUCCAUGUAGCUCAGUGACUACCAAAUGCCAGGUCCAUGGGGAGUGUCAAAGACAGAAAUGGGGAACUAAUAUUAUAACCAAACUACAGGGCGAUCCAGACUCCCGUUGGGAUACUAGUGGGUCACAAGAUGGUGAGGCUGGGUGCUCUGAGCUAAGGAUGCCCACUGGCACCGAAGGAGCACAGGGUGUGGAAGAGCCUGCCACAGGGUUGUCUUGGGCAGAGGACACCAGUGCCUGGGAUCAAGUGCAGCUAGGUAGAAAGGCAGUACCCAGGAGAGGAGGCCGCAGGAUCCAGCCUGUCUUCAGGAUCAUCUACACUGCUCUAGGGGAGCCCCAUGAGGGCAGCACCCUUGAGUCCUUUCGUGAGUGAACUCCCCUCGCACACCACCACCACCACCACCACCCCCCGCGCCGUGAAACCCCCAGGUCUCUGGACCCAAAGAACCUGGGAGGCCAAUGCUAACACAAGGCCGUUUCUUUCUUGGCACCCUGACAGAACCCCAGUGCCAGAGAAGAGCCCCAGGCUGGGGCACAUGACACCACAGAGUUAAUGCCCUCAGCUGGCCUGAGAGCAAGGGAGUGUGCAGGGCAGAUUUUGUGUGAGCAAACAGGAAGUGGAAGAGCAGCAGGAGGAGGACUCUGUGUGUGUUGGGAAGGGGUGAGUGGGGUAUAGUUUGUUCUGCUCUCUUUUGUCCAGGGCUGCUGGAGAAUUCCAGAGAGUAAGUAGGGAGAGCUGGGUGAAUAUAACUCUGCCAGGCAGCUGCCAAGGCUGGCUCCAAACCCUGCUGACCUGGGAAGGUGGCCUGACAGCAUCGCUGAGGUGCCGUCCUCCAUCUGCCACCAAUGCCAAACAGGUGGACACCACAGAAAAGGCCAUCUCAAGGGUUCUGCCAACUGCCUGGCUCUCCCAACACGGAUGCCCCUUCCCCUUUCCAUUGCUGUCCAGAGGCAGGCUAGCCCCUGCUCUGGAACCUUGCUUCCUUAUCUGUUAACCUCAUAGUGACCCAGCUCUCCAGUGAGUCCCUUCCCCCCUCGAGUGCUUACCCACCAUCAGCUGCUCCUGUACAAAGCCGUGAGUGAGGUGUGUGUUAACGAGGUCAACUGGAGGCCCUGGCUACCUGGUCAGACGCCUCUACACCCUGCCACGUGCUGUGAGCUUCUGCACCAGCCUAGGCUACCCUAGCUGCUCUCC